GGGGGUUAGAAUAAAAAAUUUUAAAUGAAAAGGAUAGAUGGAGAUAUUCUAGGGACAAGUUCUUCUUGUAGUCAAUCUUGCAUCCUUCUGAGGGUACACCCCGCAGUACUACGCCCUGAACGCACUCAUGGAGAAGUACGCGGACCAACCAUUCACUGUUCUAGGAUUUCCCUGCAAUCAGUUCCUGAGACAGGAACCUGGAGCUAAUGCAAGUGAAAUCUUUGCAGUUCUUAAAUAUAUCAGGCCUGGAAAAGGCUUUGUCCCCAAUUUCCCGAUGUUUGCCAAAACAGAUGUUAACGGGAAAGACCAAAACCCAAUCUACACAUUCUUAAAGGUGAAAACUAAGCAUAUCGGUUUGUACUGAUUGUUAGCCCCUCAU